GGCACAUUUCAAAUCUUUGUAAACAGAAACAUCUGUGUAUUUCGUGGUCGCGUGCGUGUGUACAUAUCACAUCAAUAACAUCUUCGUUUUAAAAUCUUUCGUGAAGGAAGCGAUAUCUGUGAUUAAGAAUGAAUAAAGUAGCACAAUUCAUGAAGUCAUUACCUGGCCUAAUACUUAUAUUAACACUAGUAACCUUAUUGGGUGCAUUGUUAUUUCAAAAGAUUGAAGGUCCAUAUGAAACUCAUUCCAGGACACAUGUAUCUAAGACAAGACAGAAAAUUUUUAUAUUAGCACAACAAUUAGCUAAAAAAGGUGAAAAUGCUGAUUGGUCAAAAUUAGUUGCACAAGUUGAUAGAUAUCGUGAAAAAUUAUAUGAAGUAUGGCAAUCUGGUACAGAUGAAUUAACUAUUGAUAUACCUACAAAAUGGAAUUUUUGGGGAAGUAUUUAUUAUUGUUUUACACUGUUUACAACUAUUGGUUAUGGUAAUGUGUUUCCUUCUACUAUCGGUGGUAAACUGUUAACUAUUUUAUAUGGUAUAAUUGCUAUACCAUUGUGUAGUCUUCUUAUCGGUCGAAUAUCAAACGUGAUUAUUAGACUGACAAAGGCAAUUUAUUAUAUGACACUUGAUCCUUCUGGAGUACCAGUUGGCUUAAGAGAAACCUAUCAUCGUAUUGAUGCAACUUUCGAUUUUCGAGUGCUUCCAUCCAUUUUGGCAUUUAUUGUCUACUUGUCUAUUGGAGCAGGAAUUUAUGCUUAUAUUGCUGGACAAAAAGAGUUAGAAUGGAGUGCUUUAGAUUUAAUAUACUUUGCAUUUAUAUCAAUAACAACUGUUGGUUUUGGCGAUUUAGUCCCAGAAACAGAUGUAUUUCUAGCAAUUUUCUCAAUUGUAUACAUAGUCAUCGGUUUGGCAAUGACUGGUAUUGUGUUCGGCCGGUUAACCGAAGCAUUUGAACAAAAGUUCUGUGGUCAAACUGUUGAUUUGGCUGGAGAAAAUCUUACGAAAACUGACCAACAUGUUAUUGCUUCCUCGCAACGUUUACAAGCCAAAAGAACAGCAACACAUUUAAAACAAACAUAAACUUUUGAUAGUUGAAUAAUAAAAGAAGAAACAGAACCCGAAAAAACAGUCUUACUACACAUUACAACGAAAUAAGUAGAUGAAUUUUACUAUCAGAUUAAAACAAAACUAUAUCACAAAUGAGACGCUUUCUCUCUUUCUUUUGAUUUUUCUAGAUGUACACACUAUGCUACUACUUCUGUUUAGCAUGCAUAUACAUCCAAAGAUGAAUUUAUGUCUCUUUCUGAUGUGAAGCGAGGUUAAGUGAGGAGAUGAACUUAGAAUCAUAAGGGUUGGAGAACAUCUGUUUAUAUUCUAACUGAUAAUUUACAUGAAUUCCGUUUUGGCAUUAGUUUUACGUUUUCUUAAAUUUUCUGUAAAUGUUAUUCGUUAUAUUAAUUACAUACAUCAGGGAAAAUAUAUAUUCUAUCUUCUAUAGUCAAACACUAGAUAACCUGGAAGGACUUUGUAUUUCUUUAUAUUCUAAUCACGGUUUGAGGCCCCCUUUGUAAGAGCAAAACUGGAAGAAAAUUGAAAUUAAAACAGAGGCCUUGUAGACCGAUAGUGUCUGACAUUCUUCUAAGUUAUCCAGAUACAAAAAAGAACAUAAAAAUGAAGGCUACGGGUAAUAAUCCGUCAAGCGACUUUGGUGAGCUGGUACCAUGGAUGUCAUUUAGACUAAUGACAUUAUUAGCCAUGAGUAUCAUCCAUAAAUUAUGUCUGCAAUUUUAUCCAGGUGUCGUUUAUCUACUUGAUGUUGAUAAAGUAUUAAUUGAGUGGGUAAAUCAAUGAAUUUUUGGUAGGAAUAAUAACAACUUGUGAACACACAGAAGCAAAUGAUCAAUACAUGUAAAGGGUACUGUCUCUGGUGCAAC